AUGGCAAGCUACCGCUUCCUCAUCCAAAAGUUGUCCGGAUUCUUCGCGGGCUGCGAGUUCCUCCACGUCCCGUGCAUAGAGAAUGAGGCGGCCGACACACUCGCCAAGAUCGCCUCGUCCCGGCAGUCCAUUCCAUCCGGCGUCUCCCUCGAGCAUCUGCACAAGCCGUCUGUCAAGCCGUCUCCGGACUCCGAGUCCAUCCACGUCCCAGCCGACCUAGCCGCACCUCAACCCGGCCCGGGGACUGCUCCAGCCAACCCGGCCAUGCCUCAACCCGGCCCAGGGACUACUCCCGCCAACCCGGCCGCGCCUCAACCCGUCCCGGGGACUGAUCCAACCGACUCGGCCACCGCCGUCCCCGACCCGGGGGCUGCUGAACCCGGCUCGGGGGCUCCCACCCCGGAGCCCGCCGUGAUGGCUGUCUUCGCUGGGGUCUCGGCACCAUCCUAG